UCAAUCUAUUGAUUAUUGUCCACCUCAAAAUAUAACCAAAAACAUAAACGUCACACAAAAUUCAGCAAACCACAAAAAAGAAUAGAAAUAAUAUGGCUACACCAAUGCAUAUUUCACGACCCUCUAUAUUCAAACCACCGGAAACCACCCAUAGCCACCGUAAUCGCUACGGUCCACCCACCAUAACGCUAUACAAAAAGAAGCCUCUAUUGGUCUCCUUCGCCUCGAUUUCAUCGGAACCAUCUCCCUCAUCGGAGCUCAAGAAGCCCGAAAUUGAGCUCGAAUUUAUCGGGCCUAAAGCAGGAAAUGAUGGAUCAUAUCCGCUGGAUAGAGCAAGAGCAGUGAGUGGUGAGAAGUUGCUUAGGAACAUUAUGGCGGAUAACAAGAUUGAGCUUUAUGCCACCUAUGGGAAAGUAAUGAACUGUGGAGGUGUUGGAAAUUGUGGAACUUGCAUCGUUGAGAUUCUUGAUGGAAAUGAUCUUCUCAAUGAAAGAACAAAUGCUGAACUCCGAUACUUGAAAAAGAAACCUGACUCUUGGAGGCUCGCUUGCCAAACAAUUGUUGGGAAUAAAGAGAAUUCUGGAAAGGUUGUUGUUCAACGUAUGCCUCAAUGGAAAAAAUGACAAUAAACAAGCAAAAUCAACGGUCUACUUUGCAAGUGCCAUACAUGCACACAUCCAAAUAUAUAGCUAAUCUUCCUAUAUUAUUUUUUAUUUUAUUCUUUUGACAGCUAUAUUAUUUUUUAUUAUAACGAGUUAAAAUGUUGUUUUCAAAAUGUUCAGUGACUUUUUUUGCUGUAAUUUGCAAAAAAUAAACUUUGAUGGUCGUAAUCCUUAAAAUGAAAACUUUUAUCGA